CGGUGCUAUUACGCAUGCGCCGCAACAAUUGUGCAUGCGGAAUUCAGCGCUCGGUUCAAAUUCAACGGCCGGGACAAAUAUAUUACGGCACCGGUAUUAUUUGGUAAUAAUGCGAGCGCCUGCCACUAAAUCACAGUGUCGUUGCCUAUAUACUUGCAGCACAUAUAAGACAUAUCUCGAUGUAAUGCUACGAUCACAACUAUAAAAUGUUUUAUCAAAACUAUCAUCAGUAAUUUAAAUAAAGGAGAUUCCUUGCAUCGCUCUUUGGACUAACGAUCACGCCGGAUACGAAACAAUAGGAAUUCUUUAUUAGCUGUCAUCUUCUGCGUCCUAUAGCGUAGAGAGGUUGCUGACUAAAGUUACAAGCCAUAUGGUCAGUUAUAGUACUUGCAGAAUUGCAUAAUAUUUAAACUAAGGAUACCUAUAAAAACCACCAUGGUAACUGUUGAGCAAUUUAGUGAGUUACUGAAGCAAAGCGAAAUCCUCGGCAUAAGUUGUGAGCAGUUGAAUAAACUUAAAGCAGUCGGAGAAAUAAAGAAUAAUGGAAAGAAAUGGCAUCGUCAAAACUGUGGUUUGCUCGUAGCCGGGUUUUUGUUUUGCCUUGUGGUAUGUGUUCCUUCAAUUCUUCCGAGAAAUCAUGCCGUGUUGAUCAAGAUCUUACUUGAUGGGUUGUCGGAGGUUUUUGAUAUUGAUGAAUUAGACAACUACAGUUGCAUUUUAACAAACGAAGUCAUCGGGCCUUAUGUUCGCAUACCUGUGGACUGCAAUGCAUGCGCAGGAGUCAAUAACAUUCCUAAAGUUAGCAAUCUAACACAGGAAGAAUUCCUGAAGAGCUACGCAUUCACUAUGCAACCCGUGGUAGUACAAGAUGGUCUAGCUGACUGGACAGCAAGCGAAAUAUUUAGCUACGAUUAUUUCAAAAGUAUAUACACCCCUGGAUCAAAGGCUCUUAAGCAAGUCAACGAAAAAUGCCAAUUUUUUCCUUACGCGACAAACAUAUCUGGCCUGGAAGAAUUUUUUAACAUGUCGCUAAGUCGAGUGGAAGGAAAAGAAGAUCAUUGGUACAUAGGGUGGAGUAAUUGCGAAGGACAGGCAACAAACGAGUUACGAAAACAUUACAAGCUUCCUUACUUCCUCCCCCAAGAGUUGGACCACAGCAAACUUGAUUGGGUGUUUAUGGGUUUGCCUGGUCACGGCGCACCAAUGCAUAUCGACUUUGUAAAGACUUCUUCGUGGCAGGCCCAGCUUCGUGGGCAAAAGAAAUGGACGUUUGAAACUCCUCCAGAUUGCUUCGGGGUAUGUUCAUCAAAACUCGAAGUAACGGUAACCCCAGGAGAAAUAAUUGUUCUUGACGGAAACAGAUGGUUUCACCAAACUCAAAUCAAAGGCAACGACAUGAGCAUUGUGAUCGGUUCGGAAUAUUACUAAAGUUAACCUGAUUUAUUCAUCAUUUGUAAUACAGUAGGGUGGGGGAGACGGAAUUAAUUAUAGCACAUAUAAUAACCAAAUAUCCCGAUCGUGUUUUAAACUUUAAACAAUGGUCUCUGGGAGUCGCAAUGAUAUGGUUUUGUAUUUUUUGAAUGUCUCAUUUUUCCCCACCCUACUAUAUCAAAUAAAUUGAGAGCAGGGUUUUUAAAUAUCGAAAAAAUGGUCGUUUUGUUUCUCUUAUUGCUGCAAUUAUUAGUGUAUAUGUUGUCACGUGGUUGUUUAACUGCGUUGCUCAUAAUUUGUAAAUAAAAUCGCUCAACACAGACAAUCAAUUUAUAAUUUAGCGCAACAACUGUUGUCGCACCAUAAAAAAUUGCAAUAGCUUCUCGCAAAGUCUGUAAAAUUAAAAUUUAUUUCAAGCAAAAAAACUAUUGUUUGUGGGGUUUUUUAAAAGAUAGUAGAACCUUCUUGCGAGGCUCUGGCGGGCACACUGUACGUCGGCAGGACUUUUACUGCAAAGGAAAUUUUGGUAGAUUAGGCGCACGGUAUGCUAUAACAAUGGACGCUAUUAUUUGAUAAACUUUCCUGCUUAAACAUUUUUAAAGAGGG